AUGGUUAAAAGAAUGAGAAUUACCAUACCAAUGAUUUUGGAUUUUUUACGUCUUGAUCCGGUACUAUUUAUGUAUAUGUUUACAUCUUUCUUAAAAUAUCCAAUUUUUCAAAAUUUAAUAUAUGAAAAAGUUUGCUAUAGUCAUAAUAAUGUUACAAUUGAUUGUAGUAAUAUUACAGAAAUUCACAGUAUUAAAAAAUUUCAAAGUGAAGCUAAUUAUGUUUAUCUUGGAUCAAGCUUAUGCUUAAUUUUACCAUCAAUUGUCUCGGCAAUGAUCUUAGGACAAUUAUUUGAUAUGGGAUCAAAAAGGUUAAUAGCAUUGAUAAUACCAUUUAUUGGAUUAAUAGGUGGUGAUAUAUGUUAUAUAUUACAAACAAAUGAUAUAAAACUUAAUCCAUACUAUCUUCUUAUUAGUGAUAUUAUAUUUGGUUUAUGUGGUGGUUUUACUGCAUUAAUGGGAUUAAUUAAUUCAUAUAAUGUACGUAAUACCAAUGAAAAUGAUAGAGGUAUCAGAAUUUCUCGUUAUGAAGCAACAAUAGCUUUUGCUGGAACAUUAGGAUCAUUUACUAGUGCAUUUAUUCAUUUAAUAUGUAUAAUUUAUAUAAUAACUACAUAUAAAAUGGAAAAUAAUAUGACAACAUCAAGCACCAAUGAAGUUAUGACAAUAAGUGAAUUUAUAAAAAAUAUUAUCAAACCACUAUCUAUUAGUGGUAUAAAAAAAAAAGUAAUCUUUUUAUUAUUUAUCAUUUUGACUUUUGAACUAUUUAUUUAUGGUGGAAUAAAUGAUAUACAAUUUUCUUAUUUCCUUUAUAAAUUCGCUUGGGGUGACAAAAAAUUUGGCAUAUUCAAUGGAUUUUUAAUGUUAUCUUCCGGUAUUGGUACAUUACUGUUAUAUCCUUAUCUAAUACGUCGUUUUAACAUUUCAAGUCACAUCAUGGCAGUUAUUGGAAUGCUUAAUAAAGUAGGAUUUUUGAUUUUAACUGUUCUUAUAACAAAUGAAAGUUGGAUUUAUAUUAUUUUGUUACCAAAUUUAAUGACAAGAUUUGUAGCAACAGGUUUAAGAAGUCUUGCUUCAAUUAAUACUCCAAUUGAAGAACAAGGAAGACUAUUUUCAAUAAUUGAAUUGAUACAAGGAGUUACUUCAUUAGCCAGUUCUGCUGUAUAUAAUACUGUAUACCCAGAAACAUUAUCAUUUUUCUCUGGAUUCAUGUAUAUUUUAACCGCAACUACAUAUAUUAUACCAUUAUUAAUUAUAUUUAAAAUUCAUAAUCUGUUAAACGUGUCAGAUUAA